UUUGCAUUUUAUUGCAAUUAUUUCUAGCGAAUUGAAAGUUUAAAAUUGACAUGUCAAACAUUUGAACGAAUGUGCAUUGUACAGUCGGCAGUAAUCAAUUUACAUUCUGCGGUAGUAUUGCUUGAUAUUUUAUCGGUGUUACUAAUAAAAUUACGAUACAUCUUGCAGCUUAUGCCGAUAUUUUUAUGCUGGAAAACGUACAUAUAAGGACUAAUUAUUUUUGGAUUAUCAUAAUAGUUGUUUGCUGUAAUUCAUUAAAAGUGUCGCCAAAAUGAUGGAAGAUAUGCAAGAAGAGACCCAAUUUGUGGUCGAUGAUGUAAGCAAAAUUAUUAAGGAAGCAAUUGAAGUAUCCAUUGGUGGAAAUGCUUAUCAACAUAACAAGGUUAAUCAAUGGACAUCAAACGUCGUCGAAGGAUGCUUGGGAAAUCUUACAAAACUUCAAAAACCCUAUAAAUAUAUAGUGACUUGUACUAUAAUGCAAAAGAAUGGAGCAGGAUUGCAUACAGCGAGCUCGUGCUAUUGGGAUAAUGCCACUGAUGGUAGUUGUACAGUUCGUUGGGAGAACAAGACAAUGUAUUGUAUUGUUUCUGUAUUUGGUUUAGCAAUUUAAUUUGGUCUUAAUUUAUCAAAAGCUUCAUAUACUAAAAUCUCGAGCAAAAAUAAAAUUUCAUUUAAACAAAUUGCAAAAAUUAUAAUAAUUGUGGUACAGGAAAUGUAAAAUUUAUUUUAUACAAUACAAUAGCUUUUUCCUUUUAAUAAUAUCAUGUAUUUUUUAUAUGCAAAUACAUUGCAUUUUAGAUACUAAUCAUUGUAUUUAUUAACUAAAAUAUUUUUUUGUAUGAUAUAUAUUAAUGUACGAUAAUUAGAAAAUAUUAGAAACAUUUGAUUUAUUAUUUUGUAACUUUUAUAUAAACAGUACUAUUUAUUAUUUACAUUUAUGUUGUACACAAAAAUUAUUGUAUCUAUUUGCACUUUACAGUACUUAACUAUAUAUUUCACAUAACAAUUUAACUGUGAAGUUAUGUGAUGUAUGUUAAAGUGCAAAAUAUAUGAAUGUUUUUUGAAAACGAAUGUAAAGUAAAUGUAAAUGUUGAUUUGUCGAUACUGUAUUCCAAGUAAAUUGGAACUUUAUAAUUAUGUAAUAUUGCUUGUAUUUUUUAAAAGUAAAGUGUAAUAAAUUA